CCCAGUUGAGAAUACAAAUGCACUCUGUGGUAGUUUUUCUUUUUUUGACGGACUGAGGAGUGAAGGUUGAACAACAUCAGAGCCAUAGAAGCGAUAGGCACAGCAAUGAAUAACUCUUCGUAUGACGCAGACUAUGAAGAUGGUAUAUGUGAAAAGGGUGAGGUGGUCCAAUUUGGAGCUGUGGUCAUUCCUGUUUUCUUCUCCAUCGUGACCACGCUGAGCCUCGUGGGCAACAUCCUGGUCCUCGUGAUCCUGGCGUUGUACGAAAACAUCAGGAGCCUCAGCAACGUUUUCAUUCUCAAUCUGGCCCUGUCUGACCUGGUCUUCACCUGCGGCCUUCCUUUCUGGGCCUUGUACCACAUCUGGGGCUGGCUGAUCCACGAGAUCCUAUGCAAAGUGAUCACGUUUGUCUUCUUCAUCGGCUUCUACAGCAGCGUCCUCUUUCUGACCGCCAUGACCGUCUACAGGUAUCUGAUGGUGGUCCGCCCAAGGUCCGACCUGACACAUCAGAACACAAGCGCUGGAGUCUUCGUAUCCAUACUCCUGUGGAUCAUCAGCGUCGCAGCGUCCGUACCCUCGCUUCUCUUCAGCGCCGUGAUCCCAAUCCCCCACAAGGACCAUCACUUCCUGGGCUGUGAAUACGAGGACGACCUGUGGGAGACGGUCGGCGUUUGCCAACAGAACAUCUUCUUCUUAGUGGCGUUUGUGGUCAUGGCGUUCUGCUAUUGUAAGAUACUCAGGAGAAUCGCAAGAAGCAGAUCCCGCACAAAGAGCCGAGCGGUUAACUUAGUCUUCUGCACCGUGGCCACGUUCUUUCUGGGCUGGGUGCCGUACAACGUGGUGAUCCUUCUCAGGCUUUUCAGUUACAAUCUAAUUCCGCCUUUUGAAGAAUGCGACGUUAGCAUACAGCUUGAUUACGCCUUCUACGUGUGCCGGCUCCUUGCCUUCUCCCACUGCUGCCUCAACCCGGUCUUUUAUGCACUGUUGGGCGUCAAAUUCAGGGGUCAUCUGAAAACCAUGUUCAGACGAACGAGUCCGAGCGAGACGAGACAGCAGAGAGGGAAACAAACCAUCUCACAGGGGUCAAUGUAUUAGAUCGGGGGUGUCCAAACGUUUUCCACCGAGGACCGGACAUUUUCAUCAGCUUUGUGUUGUUAGUAGGGGUGCAUGAUAAACAGACAGAUAAAUAAUUAUAGUGCCAAUAUUAGGAAUCAUGACAUCACACUGGUUACAUAAAAAAAGAAUAGCUACGUGCCGCACUUCGGACAUACCAUGUAAAUGCUGUUCAUGUUAACCUAUUUGUUGGAAAAUUGUCAAAAAAUCCCCACAAAAUAAAACCUGUCUCUCGCCAGAUCCUCGUAGUACACUGAGCUCCACACAAGGAUCUGGGACUUCUCAAUAGGAGAUGCGGGGCCUUGUAAAAAAAAAAAUCAUUGUAUGUGAUUGGAUAAACCACUUGUCCGUUAUCUUGACUGACGUGCUACUUCAACCACUCACAUCGAAAUCAACCCGUGACUCUGAUGAGAGACGAUGGGAAAUCAAAAACAGAACAGCAGACAUAUUGGAUAACGACAAGAGUGAAAAGUUAGAAAACUUUUACUGAAAUAACACAGCAAUGUCCGUAGAAGAUCAAUGUAGUUUGCGCAAAGAAAAUAUGUGAAUAAAAGGCUUCAUUGGGAACAGCAAAAAAAUAUUUCACAAAGUCGCCAAUGAAAAAAGCAGACUCGUCCCAUUUCCUUCACCACCAGUGGAACGAUUUGGUAAAUCAACCUCUUGCCAACCCUGUUCGGAAGAAGAGCCAAAAAUUCCUUGCCAACAAUAAAUGCCUUCAAAACCGUACACUGUUCAUCUUUUAAAUAACCAUUCGAUAGAUUCGACAAAACCUGCGAUGAGGUGGCGACUUGUCCAGGGUGUACCCCACCUAUCGCCCAAAUGCAGCUGAUAUAGGCUCCCGUGACCCCAAAAGGGAAAAGCGGUAGAAAAUGGAUCGGAUGGAGAUCCGACAUAACAGUUGCAAUAGCAGAAUCAAUGUCAGCACACGACUCCUCGCUGCGGGCAGUCAUUGUUCUUUGAAUCAAACAGUCGCUUCGGCGCUACGUCACAGCUAUGAAAUCCCGCCUGGCGAUUCUGAUUGGUUCAUUAUUUUUUUGCUAUCUUGAAGGAGUUUGCAUUGCCCUCGAUCCCAGACCCUUGUGUGGAGCUCAGCGAACUACAAGGAUCUGCCGAGAGUCAAGUUACACGAAAUAUGCAGUUAAACAGGAAGUGAGUUGUAUGUUGUAACCUGAAUGCUUCUACUUUUACUUCUUAUGUAUGAGGACUUUUAACUCUUGCAAAAAGUUCUUUACUGAUACAGUAUCUCACAAGUGAGUACACACACAUUUCAGCAAGGAUUUGUCUUAUUGUAAAGAGACAGACAUGCUUAAGAGAAGUAUAGCAGUACAGAUUAAUUAUCCACUAAAAAAGGAGUCAACACACAGCCGUUAUUUUCUGAAUAGCUCGCAAAACAGGUGCGUAGCAGGUCUAAUUGAGCACCUGUGGCGAAUUCCUCAGACAAAAGGAAUAUUUGGACAUGUUCACUAGUUUUGACAGCUAUUAAGACAAUAUGGACUGUCUAAUGUUAUACAAGCUGUACCUUGGCUAGUUUAAAAUAUAUUCAAGUUUGCUAAGCCGCAAUGCAUUUAAUGCUCCAACGUUUUUACUUUUGUUUUUGCUUCCUCUGUAAAUCAGUUACCCAAGAACAGUAUGUGAUUUUAACUGACUUACUGAUCCAUUAUAUUAAAAUAUUUUUUUUUUCCUCAUUAUUGAAAUAGUUCCACUGCCAGUAAGAGGAAUGAGAACCAUUGAUAUUGUUUCCAAUAGCUUCAUCUUCCUGAAAAAACUACCAACAGUCACAUGACGAACUGGUGAAACCAGCCAGCACUAGUGGGUGUUAUGUUUAUGGUGGCUGUACUUUGCAGUGACGUCUAAGAGCAAACACGCCAGGUUGAGUCGCCAAAGUUUCCAUGUCCUUAUCAAAGGUUAAAAUAUGCCACGUUCAUAAAAGAUGCGGAACACGCUCGGAAAGCAUUCAUUUGGCACUUUUUUCCCCCUUAGAUAAAAAUCAAGUUCCAUGCUUUUUUUCUUUAAGGUGGGAAUAUAUCAAAGAAGCUCCAGCAAAAUGUUAUGUUUACAUUCUGUAUAAAUUGGCUGUUAAUUAUUUACAAUAAAAUAUACAAACUUCUCUCUCUCUGAAUGUGUUUGCACAACAUUAAUCGUCAUUCGAUCAAAGUAGUCGUCAGUCAAUCAAAGCAGUGUAAGAUCGACGACGAUGAAUCACAAGUACCAAAAUAAUCUUUUAUUCAAUAUAUCAAUUGUUACCUGUGGGGAAAUUAAAUAUCAAAAAACAGGAGCAUGGGUGUCAUCACGAGAGAAAGUCAAAUUAAUAAUUCAGUAAUAAUUUUUUAAUCUUGUGAGUCUCAAUGGCAGAUUGCAGUUAAAUUGCAAAAUUCUGUGUUUUCCCCAGGAUGAUGGGAGCUACAUGGAAUUUGUGUAUCUUAUUUGUAUAAUUGGCCAUGACACAUGUGCAUGUAUGUAUACUAUGAAUGCUGUGGGAGAGACGGCAAAACAAAUAUGUUUAGAAAUACUGUACAAAUUAACUUUCUUCUGUCGCUUCUUUGUCUUUUUCUCAUGUCACGAGCAAGACGGAGCUGUCUGUGAGUGAUGGGGGAUAAGGCAACCGCUGCUCGUUAAGACGAGCGAUACGUUCAUGUUAAGUCUUUGAAAGCGUCUCCCCCAU